GUCCGUGUUCACGCGGGGGAGGCCGAGUGGGGUCAAGUCCGUCAUCAGAAUUCGGGGAACACUGGCACUGGACGACACCAGUGACACAUUCGGGCCCUGACAGGUUGUGUCAUUGGCACACUUCAGCGAUACAUCAACUCGACAUCCUGCGAAAACAUCUUCAGUCAGCAAUUGUCAGCAACUCGUGACCAACAUAACCAAACUCAUCAAACCUCCUUUUCGUUACCUAGCCUCGGGAACGCCCCAUCGGAUAUCGCCUCUCGCCGUCCCUCUGCGCCGAGAACUUCCAACACAUACCUGACAGUGCGGCGCAGGUUCGGUUCCGUGAUCCGUACGCUGCAGGGCAUCAACAUCCUCACCUGCAUCACCAACGCAGUCACUGCUUCAAGCAAGCUAUCCUGUAUCACAAGCCAAGUUAACCAACACACCAAAAUAUACCCCCAAAAAUGCCACGCAAACUCUCCAAAUCCAAAAACGUCUACGCCCCCGCCUCCUCCUCCUCCUCCUCCUCCCAUGGGCACUCCACCACCAACCUCCUAACCCCCUACCCCCAAAACUCGGGCCUGCCCCCCUUCCUAACCGACGGCCUCCCGCUCCCCUCCCUCGUCGUCCUCGACCUCGACUACACGCUCUGGCCCUUCUACAGCGACUGCCACCCAUGGCCUCCCCUACGAAGCCUAAGCGGUUCUGUUUUGAGCGACCGCAACGGCGAGAAUUUCUCCUUUUACAAGCACGUGCCCAUCAUCUUGCACUUGUUGCAAGUUGCCGGAAUCAAACUGGCGGUGGCGAGUAAAAGUCCUGUGGGCGAUUUGUGUAGGGAGAUGUUGAAGAUGUUGAGGGUUCCCGGGGGACUGCCGACGAGUGUGGAGGGGUUUAGACGGAGCCCCCCCGCGACAAAAGGGGCGGGGGGUAAUGCUAAUGCUAAUGCUAAUGGGGAGGACGGGGAGGAGGACAGUGGGAAGAAGAACACAAAGACAAAGGGAGGAGGGUCUUCUUCAGGAUCAGGGUCAGGAGGGGGAUUGACGGAUGAAAAGGGACGUAAGACGAUUGAGUUGUUUGAUGGCGGACUGGAGAUUUAUGAGGGGACAAAGUUGAGGCACUUUGAGGUUAUUCAAAGACGGAUGGGGAUACCGUACGAGGAGAUGCUGUUCUUUGAUGAUGAGAGGCCGAACUUGGAGGUGGAGAGGGUGGGGGUUACGAUGCAGUUGAUUAGGGAUGGCUUGGAUUGGGAGGAGCUGGAGAAGGGGAUACAGAAGUGGAGGGCUAAUAGGGGGAUUGCGUAGACUGGGGUAUGGGAUUGUGAGAGAUGAAGAGGUAUAUAGACGCGACAUGCCGGCACGGUAGAGUUGUCUUGAGGUUUCGAUACGACUUGUAAAAGGCACGGAAUAGACUUAAAAUCCCACACCCGACAAUCUGGUCGACAUUCAAUCCUCGUCUACAACGUUCCGGUUCCUGCAGUAGCCAGCGGAGGUGGGUGGAGGAUACUACCACGCUUCAGGAUCCAGGCUCUACUCGUGGCUAACAUCCGAAAUCUGGGGUACAUGUCCGUGUGUUCAAGGGGGCUGUCAGUCAUUUCCUGGGCUACCGGAUGGGCC